AGACGGUUAGAGCAGUCUCCCCAUUCCACACUCUCAACUCACUCCGCCGAGCACACAUUCCCCCCGAGGGUGUGGGUGGGCCAAGGGAGGACACGGACCUGACUGCAACCAUGACAUAGAAGAUUCCAUGUCGAAUCUUCGUCUACAUGUUUUCCCCCCAACCUCACAGGACGUGGACUCUCAGGGGGAGACCACAGAGGAAGAGUCGAUGAAAAGAGGAGCCGUGCCGGAGUCUAGGGGGCCUUAGCCGCGCACGGCACUGUUCAGAGGCACCCAUUGAGGAGGAUGGGAUCGAGCUGCAGAGCAUCUCAUGCCAGAAGGCUGACUCGGACAAUCCACACGCAGAAGUAGAUAGGACCAUCAAGUUCAACCUGGGGAGACCACAGGAGGACACCAUGCCCAGCAGUUGCGGUCGGCGCACACUAUCCCUUCAGGAUUCUCCGUGUGUCAGUUCAGUUUUCAAAGAGGAAAAAACUUCUAGCAAAAGUUCCGAGGAAGAAGGCAUAGGAAAGAGAAAGCUGCUAGGUGGACGAAGUGACAGCAGUGGAAGUGAGAACAAAGCCUCAUUAGACGAGAACAGCAACCCCAUGAUUACGGGUGGCGCCCCCUCGCUCCUCACGUCGGCUGCCGGGACCGACCGUUCGAGCAGCACCUUCCUCAUGUCAACCCACACUACCUCGCGCAGGAAUGGCAUCAGUGGAACCCACAAGCAAGUUACCAAGUUUGAACAGCUCAAGACCAAGAAGGAGAAGAAGAAGGCCAUCAGGGAGAAGGAUAUCGUGAACAUCAUAGAAACACCAGGCUUCCGUGGCGAUCAGGAUGUCAAUGACCUCCUCAAGUUCAUCAUUGGCAGUGACGAGGACACUCCCAACAGCAAGAACAAGAAGAAACACAAAGGCAAGGGCCAGGAGAAACCGCGACGAGAAGGAAGGGUCCAAGAAGAGCAAGAACAAAAGCAGCCGAGGCAGUGAGGACAGCUGGAGCGAGAAGUGGAAGGAGGACGAGGGCUCCGCCAAGACCAAUGACGACAGCGGCAUCGGGGGUGAGGUCACGUCCAGGGAGAACAACCGAAGAGCAGGAGCGCGAGGACGAAAAGAAGACAGCAAACAACAAGAAGAACAGGAAUCAGGACACCAAGAAGGGCAAAAAGGGCAGCAGCAGCCUGAGGGAGUCGAGCAGUGUGGAGGAUCUAGUGUCCAAGAGUAAACAGAGUGAUAAUGUCCGUGACAUACGCAAGCAAGUGACUAUUGAUGAUGGGGAUAUGUCCCUUAGUGUAUUACAUACAUAUCAGAACAAUAAGAAAGUAGAUAAAUUUAACCAUUUUAUAGCGAAUGGAAAAUAUAUCAGAGAGUCGAGCAUGAUGGACAUUGCCAAUGACAAUGAGUUUGACACUGACCAAAGGCCUUCCGACUUCGUGACUGAUUUCUAUAGUGUAGGAGACUCGUUCCUUGGAGAUGACCUUUCUCGCACCCCCUCAUCUCCUUCAGGGGGUGACUUUGAGGUGGUGAGCAAGAAAAGGAGCAAAAGGGCCAAGAACAAUCCCAGAAUGCG